AUCUUUUUGGGACUCCGUGAGUGUUCUGUACCUCCUUCCCAACUGUUUUGAUUUGAACCAAUAUAUGGUGAUGAUUUGAUCAUGAGUUCAUAUACUUUACUUAGCGUUGGUACCGUAAUUAGUCCUCGGACUAUCUUAACCGCCUUGCAGUUGUUAGUGACGUGCCUUGCCAUUUAUGCAACCACUUAUGCAAGGGUUACCUUCGAGGGACAGAGACUCCAUUCGCAAGAUGUGGGGAAGGGGGUCGUUAUUUUCUUCUACGCAUUUCUCCCGUCUUGCAUUUUCAGCACGUCACUGCACACUGCACCUUUGCUAGACAGUUUUGACAGUUUCACUUCCAUAUCACUCGCUGAAAUGGUUUCGUCAAGGUUCUUUCGCAGAUCAUAGAGCUUUUCUUUAAUCAACAAAAUCCAAGAUGGUAUAUAUCGCGACUCCAAAACGACUCCGGCUUUUUAUAUACACCUCGUCCCUACACUACACCCCACGUCUAAGCCUUUUGAUAACCGCACUCGGACAGACCCUCCUCGAGAGCCUUGAUGGCCUUCU